AUGAAUUCCAUCAUCCGCCUCGCGCGGCCACUCCUUGCCCCGCGCAUUUCUCCCCUCGCCCAACGGACAUACACAUGCCUCUCACCUCUCCGUCCGACAUUGACAUCUACUUUCCGCCCCAACAACUCCUUCACGCCCUCCCUCACAGCGCAAUCACCAGCAACAGCAGCUGCUACCUCACCAGAAUCCGCAGACCUCGUGCCCACCGCGGCAGUGUCUUCGCAUCCCGCCCUGCAGGGCCUGCAGCUGCGCUUCGGACCCCGAAAUACCAUGAAUGGCCACACGAGGCUGGUGCAGAAGCGGAGACAUGGGUGGCUCAAGAGGACGAGGAGUAAGACUGGGCGGAGGAUCUUGCAGCGGAGGAAGCUGAAGGGGAGGAGACACGUUGCGUGGUAGAGGGCGGGAGGGAAUUUUUUCGGCUUGAAAUGGGAAUAUGCUGUGGAAUUGACAUGAGGGUAUGCUUUGACGUGGGGGGAUGGGGGAGGUGUAUAAAAGGGCCAUCUACUAGAGAUAGAGAUGUAUUGUAUUGUACUAUUACUUGACACCAAGACUCAAAAAGACAACCUUUCGAAAUC